AAGAAUGGUCAAAUACUACCAGUCAAUGGUUGAUAACCUUCUCUCUCCCUUUAAACUCUCUAUAUUAUUCAAAGCGAGUAUACGUUUCUCUCUCUUGUUGUAUAGCUUCAGAGUUUUGAAGAGGUGCUGAUUGCUGAAUUUUUUUUUGAGGUCGCCUGGUGGGCUUGUUUUGUUUGAUCACCAAACUUUUCAUUUCUUCUUCUUUUCCGUCUCCGAGUACUUUGUCGUUCCUAGUUUGGUGGAGCCUGUAGAGAGAAAUGGCACAACGUUCGCAUGUACCACAGUUUGGAAAUUGGGAGAGUGAGGAGAAUGUUCCUUACACAAUGUAUUUUGACAAGGCCCGGAAGGGUAGAACUGGGGGGAAGAUGAUCAAUCCUAAUGAUCCUCAAGAAAACCCGGACAUACUUUCUAGUUUUGAAGCUCCAGAUCCAGCUCCUCCCAAAAUCAUGGCUGAACCUGAGAUACAAAGAGGACAGGGAGCAGUUAGAACCGAGCAACGGAGGAGCAGAGAAGAUAGCGAACAUAAACAAUACAGGGACUCUCCUGCACGUCAUGAUGAUAUGAGCCGCAAAUCUUCGAGUGAAUCGAAUCAUCAACGUCAAGGAGGGCGUGUAGUAAGUUCUGGUGAAGCUUACAAGAGGCCUGUGAGAAACAGUGCUGGGUCAGAGAACAGCUUUGACCGGUCGCCUCUGCAUAACCAGGCAAGAAACACAGGGAGAGGUAGUGGGGAUCCAUCCUCUCCUGCAUGGGAAGGGAAGAAUCUGUAUAAAAAUAGCCAUGGUACACCUGGAAGAUCCAGAAUGAAGCCAGCUACUAGAGGCGAUGAAAGUCCUGAUGCAGGUGCUGCAGUUCCAAAAUUUGGGGAUUGGGAUGAGAAUAACCCCGCAUCAGCUGAUGGCUAUACUCAUAUCUUUAACCGAGUGCGACAGGAAAGGAAUAAUGGGCCAAGAGCUCCGGGCAUGGCAAGUCCCUCUCCAUACAACAAUGUUCACAGGCAAAGUUCCAGUGACAGUGUGAAGAGUUGUUGCUUUCCUUGGGGCAAGAAAUGAAGUUAUUCAAAUUAAUUGAUGAUGAUGAGGUUGGUGAGAGUGAGACUUGUAAAUACUUUGAAAACUCUCUGCAAAGAGAGUAACUUCAUUUAAGUGAAUUGCUGUCUCUCUAAUGGUAAUGGUAUGAUUUAUGUGAUAAUAAACCAAUAGGCUUUUGAUCAGAAAUGUCUUCUUCUGUUUUGUUCA